GGACAUGAGUCAGGUGUCUGGUUAUACUUCCUCUAUGGUUUGUAGUAGAUCGAGAUCCAUUAUUAAAAAACUGGCAGAAGGAUAAAAGUGCGAUGGGAUCUAAUUUUCUCCAUUUUUAUAAAAUUAAUAACAGUUUGGCAAGAUGCAGCAGACUAUAUCAACAACGUUUUAUCCGUCCAUUAAAUUACAUUCAAGGACAGGAACCUAAACCAAAAAUUCGGGAGUACUUUUAUUAUAUUGAUCACGAAGGAAUGCUUUUUUUAGACGACGCAAAAAUGAAAAACUUCACUUCUUGCUUUAAGGAGAAAAAAUUUUUAAAGUUUUUCUUCAACCAAAUUAAAUUAAACGAAACUGACCGAUACCGCCAAGAGUUUCCUUUUAUAUCACCAUGUGGGAGAGAAAAGAACUAUAUACGAUGUGAUGAUUUGCCAAUUGUUUUCACUCAUGUACUCAAGGAUUCAAACGGAAAGGAUGUUCUUUCGUAUGCCCACGCAGGAGAUCAGUUGACAAUUCCUUUUCAACCAGGUAAAAUCUAUAUGAAGCCGGAUUCGGGCAGAGUUUACCAUCCAGCGUGGCCAAAAGUUGGUAAUAUUGGACUAGUUCGAUCCAAGCUAGCUAUAGAACUGUGCAAAUACUUUGAAUUUGAAAACGGAGAAGAAAAUCCGCCUACACAUUUCACAUGGAACAAUCAGCGGAUGCCUUUAAACAUCGAUUGGAUUAAUGAAACAAUAAUUAAAAAAUAAUAAUCAGUUAUUAUUAUUAUUGAAAUAAUUAUGUACAUAAUGUGUAUACAACUAAAAUAAACUAUUCUAAACUAA